CAUCUGUGAAAAAUCACACACAGUUUCUGGGUUUCAGUGUGGGUAAAUUUUGCUCUAUUAACUUCGGACAGCUCAAGAACUCCUCCAUUUUCAUCGGAAACGUUGAAGAGCUUUCUGGCGAAUACUGAAGUGUAACUGUUGUAGAAGCUUGCUGAUCAGCAUGGAUUCAAGGGAAAAUAUGAUGCCAGCAGUAGAAACAAUAGCACCUGAGGCUCCAUCAAGCUAUCAAUUGGCCCCAAGGAAUGAUAGCUCUACCCUGCUCACUGGACCACCUGGUUUUUCACCAUUGAGUGGUGGUGGGCCGAGUUCCUUGAUAAAGAAAAAGAGGGGUAGGCCAAGGAAGUAUGGCCCAGAUGGUGUAGUUGCUGGUGGAGGUGAAAGUGGUCGCACAUUGUCACCAAUUCCCAUCUCUGCCUCUGCUCCGCCAGCCUCCGCUGCCUAUUCUGAUACAAAAUUUGGUGAAGGGGAAGGAAGUGGGAGCAGCUAUAUGGUUGAGAAAAAGAAGAAAGGGAAAAUGAAUUCUUCAGAGACCAAGCCAAAGCAUACGUAUGGGAGUAUAAACUUAGGUGACAAGAUUUCAUCUGGUGGAAGUUUUACCCCUCACAUGGUCACUGUUAACCCAGGAGAGGAUGUUACCUCUAAAAUCAUUUCGUUCACAAAAGAUGGGCCGCGGUCAAUAUGCAUUCUCUCUGCCCUUGGUGUUAUUUCACAUGUGACUCUGCGCCAUGCCAGUUCGUCUGGAGGCACCGUAACAUAUGAGGGAAGAUUUGAAAUUCUUUCGUUAUCUGGAUCUUUCACACCGGAGGUUGAAGGAGUAUUAUCCCAAGAAAGUAAAAUGAGCAUAGCAUUAUCUAGCCCAGAUGGGCGCGUGGUUGGAGGUCAGCUUGGAGGCCUUCUCACGGCCGCUGGUCCUGUUCAGGUUGUCGUGGCCAGUUUUCUACCGAACAUAGGCAGUCCUAUUGAGCCAAAACCGAAAAAACCAAAGACCGUGGUUAAACUCUCCUCACCCCCACCACCCACCACCGAACCUCAUGCUACCAAAAUAGAGCAGCAGAAGUUCAAUGAAAAUGUGCACGACGGUUCCACAGCAGGAAAGAGCGGUUCCACCGCUACUCGUAACUUCCAACUCGAGAACUGCACGUCUGCAGCCGUGCACGACUGGAGAAGAGCGGCUACAGACAUGAAUGUGUCGUUGAGCGAAGAUUAAAUCUGUGGUACGUGUUCUUCUUCUUCUUCUAUAUAACUUGGGGGUUCAUUUAUCAACUGAUUUUAGGAUAUUUGAGACAAAUUAAUUAACAAGAAUCUUUAAACUUAUGGGAUAGAAAAUGUUGUAGUAGUGUUGUUGGUUUCUUAGAAGUCAAAGUCAAAGUCAAAGUCAAAAGUCAAAGGGUAGGGAGUUGUUGGUAUGUAUUCUUGUUAAAAUGCUUAUUUCUUGAACCUCUUAGGAAUCAAUAGGAAAGAGUUGAUUGACAUUCUUGUUGCUUGCUGCUUUAUGUCUUGAAUCUCAUAA